AUCAUGGAACAGCACAGUGUUUUGAAACCAGUAAAAGCAUAGUAAUUGUAAUAUUGUGAUUGUCUGACAGUUACCAAGUAAAUGUGUAAUCAUUACACAGUUGACCCUAGCGUACGCUCAUAAAUUGCUGCCACGACACAUGCUACGUUCCCUAACUGGCUGUCUCAGGGGACACCAAAAAUGUUUUGACAGGAUCAGCUGACAACAGCUGUCGACUGGGACCGGUGGGUGAAAAGAAAAUGCAUGUGAUAGAUGUAUAGACGUUUCUGAAUCCCUCGGGAGUUCCAACAGCAGUACAACACCGAAACAUCAAUCAAAAUGCACAAAAAGAACACGCAAGUUCGAUUUCAGUGGCAACAUCAUCAUGUUUUCCACAGAUGAGCAGAUGGGCUGUCAGUGUUUCAUGAACUUCUUUCACCUGAGGGAUCCACAGAUCGAAGUACUGAAGAAAGCUGAGGAGCACAGCAGGCACAUCAACAACAUCCAGACGUCUGUAGACCUCACCAUGUUCAUCAGUGCCUCAGAGGACAACACCGCCAGGCUCUUUGACUCUGCCUCUCUGGAUCACAUCAAGACUUUGAAAACAGAGAGACCGCUGAACUCUGCUGCCAUUUCUCUAGUAACGUGCUUAUGGGAGGAGGCCAUGGGAGUGACCACAGCUUUCACCAGGAUUGGCAAGUUUGAGGCCAGGUUCUUCCAAGCUGUGUACCAGGAGGAGUUUGGCAGGAGUCAAAGGUCAUUUUGGUCCCAUCAACUGUGUGGCUUUCUACCCUGAUGGCAAGAGAUGCGAUGGAGGAGAAGACUUGUGGACACAGCAGCUUGGACUCUGCCAGGGAGAGUGAAGGAGCAACUUUUUGAAGCAGAUCACUUGUUCGCUGGACUUGUGAGUAUUUUACUGAAACUUUUUGGCACCAGAGUUACUUUUUUUGGCCUUUGCACUUUCAUUGACAGAUACUUAAGACUGUCACUUUUUCAGAGAAAAAAACCCUUUAUCUUAGUUAGUCUUUUUUUGGUCAUUGUGAUCUGUAUUUGAUUUUUGUAAACCUUCUAGAAUAAAGUAAGUUGUUGGAA